AUGACGACAGAGGAUUCUCAACGUGAUGGUAGCAGCCGCCAGGACCUCGAAGAUGACUCGGCAAUCACCGCGAAAACAAGAAACACCAAGGAGGAUUUCGAUAGCAGGGACACGGAAGGCAGAGAUGCUGCCGCGGGGACUUCUAAUACGAUGAAGCCAAGCACAACGUAUGGGAUCGGUCAGACUCGCCCGGAGCCUGAAAUAACAGGUGCUCCGUCCUCAUCUCACAGCGUAGCGCAGGAGGAUGCGGUGCUGCGCAAGGACUUCGAGUCCGGGCAAGAAGAAUCCAGUACACCCGUCAUUGCAGACAAUGCCUCACAGAUCGAUCCAUCGGCCCCCAAAGAGGCCCGUAUCGCGAACAACAUCAAGACCGCCAACACCAUUCCAGAUCCAGCGGUGUCGCUCUCAGCUGCCAGAUCCACCAUGCUGCCGCCCAGACCGAACAUGCUGCCUCCACCAAGACCCAGCACUGCUGCUUCCUCGUUCAUCAAUCCGACUCCCACCUUGACACCUGGCUCAACAUGGGGACCUUCCGCUGCUUUUGCCGCUGCUGCUCGAGCCGAAGCUGCCGAACCAGGAAGAAUCGGCGACCUCAAACGCUUCACUCUGUGGGAGACAAAGACACGCUUCUACCUCGUCGCAUACAACACUAGUCAGACAAGAUUUCGUAUUCUCAAGGUGGAUCGAACACCGCCCAGCCUCAAUGUGCCGCCACGUUCCGCUGCCGAGUCGGAGAAGGCUCGCGAUCCCGUCGCUACGACAGCCAAGAGCGCAGCUUCAGAGCAGGAAUCAGUCGUGCCUGCUGCAAAGGGUACUGUGUCGGCAGCUGGUUUAGCGGGCACUUCUAAGGAUGCGAAAGCCGAUGCUGGCAGAGGGCCAAAGGCUGAAGGUGCAGCAAGCGCAGCAGACUGCUCAGUGCGUGGACAACGGUUCCUUUCUCUCGACGAUCCGCAGAUUUGCAGACUCAACCGACGCAUGCUCGAUAGCAAGCAAGUACCUCGAGAUUCUGCAGCAACACCAGCUGUCCCUUCGGCAGCGAGCUUCACCAAGGCUACAGGCGCCAACGCCGCCUCAAAGCCGGCUCCCGUGUCCGCCGUAGCUGCCGAUAUCAGCACGAGCGCUCCUUCCACCUCUUCAGCAGCAAAGCCAACUGAGACGUCAUCAGCCUCAAAGACUUUCAGCACCGCCGCAAAGGGCAGCUCAAAUGAUUGGGAACUCAACGUCACCUCAGACCGCGUAGUCUACUCUCGCACUCAGGUGGCGGAGCUCCUCGACAUGAUCCGCGAGGGGAACCGCGCCACCGGUGGUCUCCAAGAAGUUGGCCGCUUCUUUGGCAUCGUCGGCUUCAUUCGCUUCACGAGCACAUACUAUAUGGUGCUCAUCAGUCGUCGCAGCGUGGUCGCCUUGAUUGGCGGCCACUACAUAUACCAUUGCGACGAGACGGUCAUUCUGCCCGUAUGCCAUCAAUCCGUGCUAUCAUCCAUGCCAGGGCGCACAAAGCUCCUGGAGCAGGAAGAGGCGCGUCUGCUGCAUCUCUUCAAGCAAGUUGAUCUCAGCAAGAACUUCUACUUUAGUUACACGUACGACUUGACCAAGACUCUCCAAGACAAUCUUACCUCGACGCCAGGUGAUCCCCUUGAGCAAGCUAGCUCCGUCUCGCCCUCCAACAAGCCCCUCACAGCGUGGGGCUACAACGAAAAGUUCAUCUGGAACCAUCAUCUGCUGCUGCCAGCCUUCGCCGCGUCAGAACACCUGCAACCCCACGAGGAUCCUCGGAAUGAAUGGGUCCUGCCAUUGGUCUAUGGAUUUGUCGAUCAAGCCAAGCUGAGCGUCCUCAACCGCACAGUGUAUACCACGCUCAUCGCUCGCAGGUCGCGUCACUUUGCCGGUGCACGCUUCCUAAAGCGAGGCAUCAACGAGCAAGGUCAUGUGGCCAACGACGUCGAGACCGAGCAGAUUGUCAGUGAAGCGCUUACGACCUCCUUCUUCGCCCCAGGCAGAAAGCCCUUCGAGCCGAAAAAGAGGCAUCCUGGGUUCGCACCCAAUGGAAGGCGGGGCAUGGAUCUGAUACGCGCGAGUCGCCUGCGCGAGAAACCCUACUUUCCGCCCUACAUGUCCGCGAACAGCAGCAAUGCAAGACCGCACCAUGAACAGGACGGCGAGGAAGACGAUGAGGACCUGCCCUUGGACGCCUCGCCUCGGUACACGUCUUAUGUCAUGAUGCGAGGAAGUAUCCCAGUCUACUGGACGCAAGAUUCGACCAACAUGUCACCUCGUCCUCCGAUCGAGAUCUCGCUGGUCGACCCAUACUAUUCCGCGGCGGCGCUGCAUUUCGACGAGCUCUUCCAUCGCUAUGGAACACCCGUCAUCGUGCUCAAUCUGAUCAAGGCCAAAGAGAAGCAAGAGCGCGAGGUCAAGCUGCUGAGAUCUUUCGGCGAAUGCAUCAGCUACCUCAAUCAGUUCUUGCCUUCUAGCAAAAGGAUCAAGUACAUCGCAUGGGACAUGAGUCAAGCCAGCAAGGACCAGAGUCAGGACGUCAUCGGCAUUUUGGAGGACAUUGCGCAAGAAAUGCUCGACACCACGCAUUUCUUCCACUCGGGUCCGGAGCCAGGUGCUGUUCGGGUUCAGCUGAACUCACGCGACGGGAGCAGCUCUGACGAGUCAAGAAGCACAGCCGCCCGCAGAAAGACGAUACUGCUGCAGGAAGGUGUCGCGAGGGUCAACUGUGUCGACUGCCUCGACCGGACCAAUGCAGCGCAAUUUGUCAUCGGCAAGGCGGCCUUUGGGCACCAGCUUCAUGCGCUCGGUCUGCUCGACGACCCUUACUUGCCCUUCGACUCGGAUGCCGUCAACAUGCUCACCGAGAUGUACCACGAUCUCGGCGAUACAAUCGCCAUGCAGUACGGCGGUUCUGCUCUCGCUCACACGACGGACACCUACCGAAAGAAGAACCAGUGGACCUCUCACUCGCGGGACGUGCUUGAGAGCGUCAAGCGAUACUAUGCAAAUUCCUUUGCUGAUGCAGACAAGCAAGCCGCAAUCAACCUCUUCCUCGGUGUUGACCCAAUGGCGCCAGAUUUCGCUCCGCAUGCUUUCCCAGAGACCAUCCUCGUGCCUACAACAGCCGGAGGAAGCCAUCAGGACGAGGAGAGCUCAAAGAAGGCAGUGCGCGCGGUGCCAUUCCGACCGCACUAUCAGCACUGGUACGAUCCUCUGCAUCUCCAGCCACACGGUUCCAUAGAAGCACGUCAACGGAGACUCAAGGAGGUCGCAAACGCCGAUGCUGGCUUCUGGGCCGAAUAUUAUCGACCGAGCCUCUUUACCGACCUCAAUCGUCACCACGCCUUCAAAAUGACCGCAGUGCACCAGUACUCGCAUCUGCAUGGUGGCGUGUCGCAUUCUUCGGGCGGCUUGGGGAUGCCGCACAGCCAGUCUGCUUUGAGCAUGUACUCAACACAGAUCGGCGGCACGGCAGAUCUCUCACGCCACACUCGCUCUGCAUCCAGCUCGAGUUUGGCUUCUACGGCGUUCAAUCCUAUGCAGGCUGAGCUGAUGGUCGAGUAUCCCAGCCCCUUCAAGCCGCGCGGGUACAAGAAUUCGCAGCAACAACAGCAUCGUCGUCAGUCGCUGGAAGAUGCACGUAGCUUCAUCACGCAGACAUCCGCGACUAUGGUCAAUGAUCCGCGAAGCCCUACCUCGCCUCAGAAAGGGUUUCAAUACUCGUCGUCCCCAGCGACGUCGACGACGACGACUCUGCCACCGUCGAAAGCGAUCAUUGGCGGAGUGCGACGCUGGAUCUCGAUCAACAAACCGGGUGGGUCUCCUCGAAUCGGCAUUCAUGGUCAGCGUAGGGGCAGCAAGCGAUACAGCAUCGCAUCCUCGGAUGGUGGAGAAGGUCCCUCUGGCGAUGCAGGACGGAAAGGUGCCUCGGUUCAGAGUCGCAAUGGUGGCAUGAAUGGAGCUAGCACGUCCUUGUCCUCAGGGAGCACAGCCGGUGGAUUCGACCCGCAUACCUUCAACUUCGCCGGCCGUUGGCAGACCGUCAAUCCCGUAGGCCCAGCCGUCGCUGGUGCCAACGUGGCCAUCGAGGCAGCGCUCACCAAGGCAUGCAAUCCGUACAUUUCGGAGGAGGAAGAGUCCGAGUAUGCAUUCUACACGACGCAAUUCCUCGACGAGUACGCGCGGCCGAGCGACACUCGCUCGGAUGAAGUCGCCGAUGUCACCAUCGGGCUCGAGCGGCACGCGCGUCCCGCGAAUGCGGCGUUGACGGACCAUCACCUGAUCGACGAGAAGGACAUCCAAAUCUACGAAGACGGAGUAGCGAUCAGCGACGGCAAGCCGAGCGCAGUGGACCGGUUCGUGCGCUACUCGAACGUCGACCCGGUGCUUGUCACGCAUGCUAAUGCUGCCAGCCAGCUCGCCUACUCGAUGGCAACUACUGCAUACCAGCCUGUACCCAUGACGGCGGGCGGCUCGUUGAGCGCUGUUGGCGGGGCAGUGUCUACUCCCGCGGUGCCGGCUACAGGCUUGACUGCGUCUGAGGCCAAGAUCCGCGCUUACAGCUCUUGGCUGUCGCUGGGACAGACCAAAUUGGCUAGCUUUUAG